UUCCCUUUAAUGAACAAUCAAGUAACACAGAGAAACAAUAGGCAUGUUAACUCUUGAGAAUAAACAGGUGAAAAUAAAAGCUAAUUCCCGACAGAGUCUGGGUUUCUCAAUAUGUAUCAACAGGGAAAUUUCCAAAGUGCAGGCAAUAAUAAAGUUUGCCCCGUCAUUGACCCUAGCACCCACUUUGACAGGAUCGCCUUGAAGAAGCGCCCCUUUACUGGGAUGGUCCUCAGGACGAGGGUCAAAAGCUGCCCCUGCUGGACGUGAAGGAGGUGUGAAUCGUCUGGUUGCCCAGACUGAAGGUGGCACCUCGGUCCCCGCCAACCUCAGUGACCAGGCCUGGAGGAGCUCCGUUUCUCUGCCGUCCUCUGCUCGGAGCCGACCUCUCGCAGACUGUUCUCUUGAACCUUACUUUACUUUCACAAAGCCUCCGGCUGGAUUUCCAUGUGAGGCUUUAAGUUUUCUUCGGCGGACAAGGGGCACAAGAACCAGGGCUGGGCGUCAGCUCCCCGCUCGCGCGGCCGCCGGGUGGGUCACGAAGGCGCCCGUCCCGGGAGACGUGCGCCCCUGCGGCGCUCCGGGCCUGCGUCGCCUCCGCAGGUGUCUGACCACCCAGACUGCGCUGAGUGCAAGCUGCUUCUAGAAGAAAGCGUGCGGCUAGCGCGGCGGGCAGACUACAGAACUGCCCCCACCGCUCACGGGUUACCUGUCAGUUUCAAAAUUACGAAGAGAAUCGGCAGGCCUACCAGCCCUGGGAGCGUGCCCGCCGCAGAACGGGCUCCGGCCGCCGGCCCCAGCAACUGCCGCCGACGCACGCCGGAAGUCCCUCGCAUCGCGGCCGGCAGUGGGCACGCGUCAUGACGUCACUGGGAAGCGUUGGAGGCGCGCCCUCGCGGCGUCUGCUGGGAGUUGUGGUCCGCCCUCGGUGGGUAGAUCCAGCCUCCCGGGACCAGGCCGGAAGUGGCUGUUCCAGCCUAGAGGCGUGAAAAAGGUAUGUCUUCUCCAGACGACCCCCUUCUCGAUGGGGAAUGUACCCUACUCCCAUCAGCCAGUUUUCAGGAAUCGGUGACCUUCAAGGAUGUGGUAGUGGACUUUACCCAAGAAGAAUGGAAACAGCUGGACCCUGUACAGAGAGAUUUGUUCAGGGAUGUGACGCUGGAAAAUUAUACACAUCUGGUCUCCAUAGGACUCCAAGUUUCCAAACCUGAUGUGAUUUCCCAGCUAGAGCAAGGGACAGAGCCAUGGACUGUGGAACCAUUGUGUCCCCUUGGAGAAGGGGAGACAAGACCUGAAGAUAGUGUUCCCCGCCCAGAACUGGGCAUCUCUGAAGAAGAGCUGUCUUCAGAGGUGAUAGUGGGAACAUACAGAAGGGAAGAUAUUUGGAGUUCCCAUGUCUUGGAGUCUCAGGAAUCUGGAUGCAAUAUAGAGAGGCAGCAACCAAACCAACAAACACCACCAAGUGAAGUAGAAGUGGUCAAAAAAAUAGUACCCACCUGGGAGGGAGGCCCUGCCAUGAACGAACUUGAAAAAAGCAUCAUUGUGAGUUCAAGCCUUUUAGCUCAGCAGGAAAUAUCUCCAGGACAGGCUUCUGCUAAAGUAAGCAUCAAACAGAAUUCACACACAGUGAAAAAAGAGAAGUCCUGUAAGUGCAGUGAAUGUGGUAAAGCUUUUAGUUAUUGUUCUGCUCUUAUCCGCCAUCAGCGAACACAUACUGGAGAAAAGCCUUACAAAUGUAAUGAAUGUGAAAAGGCCUUCAGCCGGAGUGAAAACCUUAUAAACCAUCAGAGAAUUCACACUGGAGAUAAGCCAUACAAAUGCGAUCAGUGUGGAAAAGGCUUCAUUGAGGGCCCCUCUCUUACUCAGCAUCAAAGAAUACACACCGGAGAAAAGCCCUAUAAAUGUGAGGAGUGUGGGAAGGCCUUUAGUCAGAGGACACAUCUUGUUCAGCAUCAGAGGAUCCACACCGGUGAGAAGCCUUACACUUGUAAUGAUUGUGGAAAAGCUUUUAGCCAGAGAGGUCAUUUCAUGGAACAUCAGAAAAUUCACACAGGAGAGAAGCCUUUCAAAUGUGAGGAGUGUGAUAAGACUUUCACCAGGAGCACACACCUCACUCAACAUCAGAAAAUUCACACCGGAGAGAAAACCUACAAGUGUAAUGAAUGUGGCAAGGCCUUCAACGGGCCCUCGACCUUCAUCCGUCACCACAUGAUUCACACGGGCGAGAAGCCCUAUGAGUGCAACGAGUGUGGCAAGGCCUUCAGCCAGCACUCGAACCUCACCCAGCACCAGAAGACACACACCGGCGAGAAGCCCUACGACUGCGCAGAGUGCGGGAAGGCCUUCAGCUACUGGUCAUCCCUGGCGCAGCAUCUCAAGAUCCACACUGGGGAGAAGCCCUACAAGUGCAGUGAGUGCGGAAAGGCCUUCAGUUACUGCUCGUCCCUUACGCAGCACCGCAGAAUCCACACCAGAGAAAAGCCCUUUGAGUGUAGCGAGUGUGGAAAGGCUUUCAGUUACCUCUCCAACCUCAAUCAGCAUCAGAAAACUCACACCCAGGAGAAAGCCUAUGAGUGUAAGGAAUGUGGGAAAGCCUUCAUUCGGAGCUCAUCUCUUGCCAAGCACGAAAGGAUUCAUACCGGGGAGAAACCCUAUCAGUGUCACGAAUGUGGGAAAACCUUCAGCUACGGCUCAUCCCUCAUCCAGCACAGGAAGAUCCACACUGGAGAGAGACCGUACAAGUGUAACGAAUGUGGGAGAGCCUUCAACCAGAAUAUCCACCUCACACAGCAUAAGAGGAUCCACACAGGAGUGAAGCCUUAUGUGUGUCCCGCGUGUGGGAAGGCCUUUCGGCAUUGCUCCUCUCUCGCACAGCACCAGAAAACUCAUACGGAAGAAAAGCCCUACCAGUGCAAUAAGUGUGAGAAGACGUUCAGCCAGAGCUCCCACCUGACUCAGCACCAGCGCAUUCACACUGGAGAGAAGCCCUAUAAGUGCAGUGCAUGUGACAAAGCCUUCAGCCGCAGCACUCACCUGACAGAACACCAGAACACGCAUUCCGGAGAGAAGCCUUACAACUGCAGCGAGUGCAGGAAGACCUUCAGCCAGAGCACUUACCUGACUCAGCAUCAGAGAAUACAUUCAGGGGAGAAGCCUUUUGGCUGUAGCGACUGUGGGAAAGCCUUCAGGUAUCGUUCAGCUCUCACCAAGCACCAGAGACUGCACCCUGGCAUCUGACCGUCCUGGAAGCAUCGUGGGUGUAGGUGCUGCCUGUGCUUGGGUUGGUACUUUUGUUACGUACUGAAGAAUCAGUAGACAGGAACUACUCAAGCAUUUGAACUUUUCACUACUGUGAUAAGGGAUGGAAAGUACACUGGCUGAACCCCUGUGGCAGUGGGAAGCUCAAGUGUUUUAAACUUUAGUUUCCUCUGUGGAAUCAGAGUUUGGGAGUUGAUGAUUUCAGAGGCAGUGAGGAGUUUUAUACGCAGUUUUGUAUAUUUACAGUAUAUUCUUAAAUAGUUUGUGCAUCAGGCUUUUGUGUGGUGCAUCUAGAAUGUGUAUGUUCAUGCAUGUUUUGCCAGUAGAAGGAAUUCGUGCUUCAGUCACGAGGGAUCUGUUACUAAUGCACUAAGUUGCUUAGGUUAUUGGUUUCUAAUAAAAAGAACUACAAAGGACCCUCAGUUCAGAUGUAUGUGACAGCCUAACUCCACUUGCGUAUUAAAACUUGGUAGUCAGGUGCGUGCUCUGCCCCUGUAGUCCCAGCUACCCAAGAGUCUGAGCCCAGGAGUUCAACACCAGAUUGGACAACAUAGUAGGAUCCCAACUCAAAAAAACAAAAAGGUACUCUUGGAUCAGACUCGGCGCCAAGAAUGUGUGAUCACCUCCUAUCUCAGUCACACUCCUGCAGAAGURACC